AUUAAUAGUGAUGCAAUUUGGGUUAUAUGAAUGCCCCGCCCACUCCGGAUCAUGCUAAUAUAAGUGACUGGGUAAAAGUUCUGUCUGUGAGUGUGAUCAGAGAUAGAGGAUAGUGUCUGACCUCACUGUCCACAGAGAUGAUGCUGGAGCAGGUCGUGCUGUUAGGAGCCGUUACACUGCUGGGACUGCUGGAGCAAGCGUACUUCUCUCUGAAGGUGAUCUACGCGCGCAGGAAGUACUCGGUGUCUCCGCCUGCCACCAGCGGACCUCCCGAGUUUGAGAGGAUCUUUCGAGCCCAAGCAAACUGUUCCGAGUAUUUCCCGCUGUUCGUCUUCUCGCUUUGGCUGGCUGGAGUGUUCUUCAGUCAAGCGCUGGCAGUGUUGUUCGGGCUGCUGUACCUCUACGGACGGUAUCAGUACUUCCACGGCUAUGCGGCGUCUGCUCAGGGCAGACUGGAGCCGCUGUACUUCAGUGCAAAGAUGCUGUGGGUGCUGAUCGCUCUGGCCGGGCUGGGGGUCAUCUGCACCCUCACACAGGCCUAUCUGGGACUGGACCUGCUGCACUCCUUCAGUCACGCUCUGGGUCUGACCGAACACACAUGAAAGAUCUGGACCAGUGCAGGACGCUGAGGACAGGGACAGCUUUAGCACCUGCAAUGGAAGAAGUGUCAAAACCACACAUAUAUAUAUAUUUCUCCUAUAAAGAAAGAUUUAUACAAAAAUUGAAUGAAUCCAGGCUACUAUUGAUUUCUGCAGGAAAGACUCAAAGUGUGUGAGUUCAUUUUGUCCAUCAAAUGAAAACAUCUGCAGGUGACCCAUGCAAAUCCAUCAGUUAUUCAAAUGUUUAAUAACUGUAUAGAAACCACUACUGUUAGUGUUUUCAAAUAGCUAAAAUUAGUUUACUUAAUAUAUUAUUACGUUUAUAUUUCGACAGUGUCUACCAGUGGACAUUUUUAUGGAUUUCACAGGAGAAUUCUGUCUUGUUUUGCAGUGAUGUGAUGCAUUAGGUGCUUUUUAAUAAAUCUGAUAUUGUUUGUCUAGAUGGAAAAAAAUGUAUGCAUCCUAAAUACAAUUAAAAUGUUUCACCUUUGGAAUUAUUUUACAAAAAUU